AUGUCACAGCAAGAGAUUCAAGACGAUCGAGUUGAGUGGAUGCUCAAAUUUUCAGUUUUUGCAUGUGGAAUUGGCUUAAUAGCCCUUGGUGUGCACAAGAUAACCAAUUUUGAUUUCGAUGACCUCAAAAUGUUUGCUCUUACAAUUUACUACAUAAUAUUCGGAUUUUUGCUUUGUGUAUCAGUGCUUCCCUUCGAAUCUUUUUACUCAAGUUUCUCUUUCCUCCGAUAUUAUUUAGGAAAAGGAGUUUUUCUUGUAUUUUUAGGCUCUCUCGCCUUAGAUACUGAAGAAUUUUGGUAUAUAAUUAUUGGAUAUAAAUAAAAUAUGGCGUCUUCGUCUGGGCAUGGCCUCCGGCCAUGCAUACUCGACUUAUAUUUUAUUUAUAUCCGGCAAGGUUUUACCAAUCCAGAAAUGGACGGCAAUGCUAGGUAAGCAAUUCUGGUAAUGUACAGAGCCUAGCCCUUAGUCCAAUUUCAAGGUUGGGUUUUACCUCAAGGGAAAGGAGGGUUUGGAUUUGGAAAGGGCAAGCCCAGCAAAGUCUGCAGGUAAUCCCCAGACCAAUCGGGCAACUGCCUAGCGUGAAACCGGGCGUUACGUCCCGGGAUUCAGAUUUUCCUUUUUGCCCGAAAGGUCGACCAGAAAUUCCAUUUUUUGGGAUUUUUGUGUGGCCAACCUUGUUACACAUGCAGCAGCCGCAGAAGUCCAUAGUCCGCCCACUCAACACUGGACCGAAAGGGAGGAGGAGACGUCCAAGCAGAGUCUCACUUCAGAAGUGCCCUGGCAUCAGGCGCUGAAGGAGAAGAAAGGUAGUGUCAGAGCUGAACACUUGCCCAGCGAAUCAUUGCCCCAAUUCGAGCAAGGCGAAGCUGAAGACGGCGCAAAGCGGAUGAACUGCCCGUACGGGAGAGUCCUUGGUGACUGCGUAACCAAUAUGGCAGACGCCUACCUAUAAGUUUAAGUUUAAGGUAUAUAAUUAUUGCAAUCAUCCUGCUAGUAGUAGGUUUUGUAUAUCUCUUGCUUGGUCUAACAUGUGCUAAAAAAAUUACAUUUAAAUUAGAAGCACCUGCACAGCAGCCAGCUGCGACUCCUGAAGAAAAGCCUUUAGUAAAAACAGAUUAA